AUGGCCACACCAAUCGAGAGGUACAAGAAGACACCUCAAGGUGGCAUCGUUUCCUUGGGCGUUUUCCAUGGCCAGGAAAUGGACCGCUUUAAUGUCCUCAUCCAAUGUGUGCAGUCCACCCUCGUCACCCUGGGCCGUGCCAUCAAGGGCUUCGUGGUCAUGUCCGCUCAGCUGGAGGACAUGUACAACGCCUUUCUUUUACAGAAGCUUCCGCCCAACUGGGGCGAGGUGGCUUAUCCAUGCCUGAAGCCGUUGAACUCGUGGUUCACGGACUUUGAGGAGCGGAUCGCCUUCAUGGCGCGGUGGCUACACAAGGGUCCGCCCGUGAGCUUCUGGGUGCCAUGUUUCUACUUCCCUCAAGGCUUUAUGACCUGUGCCAAACAGGUGCAUGCACGAAAAACCAAGAUCCCAAUCGAUGAUUUGGUCUUUUGGCAGGAACCCACCAAUGGCACUGACCCCAUGGGUUGCAAGAGACCAGAGGAUGGGGUUAACGUCCAUGGCUUCUUCCUUCAGGGCGCUGGAUGGGACGUGGAGACAGUGAAAAUGGUCGAGUCAGAGAAGGCUGUGCUUUUCAAAGAGCUUCCGAUCACUUGGAUCCAAGUCGUAGAAGAGGCCGUUUACAGCAACGUGUCGAAGCAACCUGGAAGGUAUACGUGCCCCCUAUACAAGACGUCCUUACGCAAGGGCACCUUAGCCACUACAGGCCAUUCAACCAACUUCGUGUGUUAUUUCCACCUCCCAAGUGAUGUCGAGGAUCAAGGGCAUUGGGUCCGUCGCGGGGUGGCGUUGCUCUGUAUGCUGGAUGAUUAA